GGGGCUGGCUUCACCCUGCUGCCAGCUUCGCCCCCUCGCCCGGUCGGUGCUUCCCCUGAGAGCAGAGCGCGGCCGUUGGAAAGGCCGAGGAGCCCGCGGGCGCCCGGUGUCAGCACAGUCUGUUCUUCAGCCGCCGAGAGACGUGAUAAACGCGGGAUAUGUGCUCACCCGGUCUGAGCAUGCUGGGGAAGAGGAUAGAGGGGAUGGCGUCCGCAGUGUGGGCUCGUUGUCUCUUUACCAGGUCGAGAAUUCCAGACUCGGUAUUUCAGCCGCAGCCUGGAGAUCAUGAAAAGUAUGGAGGUGACCCUGAGCAGCCCCACAAAAUCCAUGUUAUUACCAGAAUAAAAAGUGUAAUUGGUCGCCCGUAUUGGGAAAAGAAGAUAAUAAAAGAUCUUGGACUGGAUAAAGCGCAUCAGCCAAGACUGCACAAAAAUAUCCCUUCUGUGAAUUCCAGGCUGAAAGUUGUUAAACACCUGAUAAGAAUACAGCCACUGAAACUACCUUAUGGGUUGCCAACAGAAGAGGAAAUGUCAGACACCUUUCUUACGAGCAAGGGAGAGCUUGUCAUUAAACGGCAUCUGAAACCUGUGGAGCAGAAAGAAAUUAAGUCAUAAGGUGUGCUGGUUGGAUUUAUACUUUAUAAAAUAAAUAAUUUAACUCCCAAGUUAAGAGUUUGUCUAUGAAAUGUAAACUUCUUACUGUGUCUGGUGUGAGUGGUGGAGGUGACACUGAUACUUAAAGAAGGAUUAUGUGUGUACAAAUAUAAAAUUCAGUGUUGAUAAUGUUUGCCUGAAAUAUUAAAUUAAUGAUAGGCUUUC